CGUACGCACCGGCGUUCGAAUGGCCACGCGACGCCAUGUACACCGGCGUCUACCACGACUACAACGCGCGCAGCGCCUACGACUACAACUACAUGCCGCCCGGCUACCUCCCGUACGCACCGUCGUACGCACCGUCGUUUCCGGCACCGUACCCGCCGCCGAGCCAAGUCCACAACACGACCAUGUAUGCCGGUCCCGACGACGCGUGCUACUUUCCAGCGCUGCCCGACGACGCCUGUAGUGGGGACAGUAAUAGCAGUGGCCAAGAUGCGCCGCCGCCCGAUGGCCGACGAAACGACGAGAGGCCGCCGUCGUCGUUUGCGGCCAAAGAGAAGCUCGGCAUGUGUCUCGAACCCAGCUGCAGUCGGUACUUGAGCUACAAAGGGCUUUGCAAGGAGCACGGGUACCGACGCAUGUGCAUAAUGCCGCUCUGCACCAAGACGAUCCAGGGCAAGAACAAGUGCAUCGCGCACGGCGGCGGCAAGCCCUGCAAGACGAUUGGGUGCCCGCGCACGGCGCAGAGCCAAGGCCUGUGCAAGACACACGGCGGCGGCAGUCGCUGCACGAUCCUCGACUGCAACAAGAGCGCGCAAAGCAAGGGCCUCUGUCGACGACACGGCGGCGGCAGUCAAUGCACGGUCGACGGCUGCUCGACCAUGGUCCAGCGCAACGGCAAGUGUGCCAAGCACAACGGGACGCAGAAGUGCAAUGUCGCCGACUGCAACAAGACGGCGCGCGGCGGCGGCGAGUGCGUCGUACACCGCAAGCCGCGGCUGUGCACGUUCCCGCGCUGCAAGCAGCUGGCGCUCACGCGGGGCGUGAAUACGACGCAGCUCAUGGACGCGCGGCCAGCGCCUCGUGUCUAA